AUGCAAGAAAUAAAAGAUUUAACUUUACCACCAUUCUUUCCAGCUGUAACUUCACAAUGUAAAGAAAAAGCUGCAACUUUUUUCAUUUGCAUUGAAGAAAAGAUGGUUAAUAUUAAUGCUGAAGAUACUCAAGGUGCUAAAAGAGGUUUAUCUCAAUGUGAAAGUCAAUUAAAAGAAUACACAAAAUGUAUGAUGGAGUCAUUACAAAAAGGUGACAGUAUUGGAUUUUUAUAA